AUGACUGGUGGAGAUUCACUUACGGAGGAUCUCAAUGUCUACUACAAUGCAGGCGACAUUGCCUGGAUGAUCACAGCCACGGCCCUGGUGCUUCUUAUGAUUCCCGGCGUUGGUUUCUUCUACUCCGGCCUGGCUCGCCGCAAGUCAGCCUUGUCACUCAUUUGGCUCUCCGUCGCGGCCACCGCGCUCAUCUCCUUCCAAUGGUUCUUCUGGGGCUACACCCUCGCUUUCUCUCAUACCGCCGGCAAAUUCAUCGGUGACAUGGAGAACUUUGGUUUCCGCAACGUCCUCGGUGCCCCUUCGGUGGGAUCGUCCAAGAUUCCCGAUCUCAUGUUCGCAGUCUACCAGGGCAUGUUCGCUGCCAUCACGGUUGCUCUGGCAAUUGGCGCGGCCGCUGAACGUGGUCGCAUGCUGCCCGCCAUGGUGUUCUCCUUCGUCUGGUCCACCGUGGUCUAUGACCCAAUCGCCUGCUGGACUUGGAACUCAUCCGGAUGGUCUUUCAAGAUGGGCGGUCUCGACUUUGCGGGCGGUACACCGGUCCAUAUCUCCUCGGGCGCCGCUGCUCUCGCCUACUCGUUGAUGCUCGGAAAGCGUCGGGGCCAUGGUACUCAUGAGCUCAACUACCGUCCUCACAAUGUCACUCACAUUGUCAUUGGAACCGUCUUUCUAUGGGUCGGUUGGUUCGGUUUCAAUGCCGGUAGCGCUUUGGCCGCCAACCUCCGUGCUGUCAUGGCCGCAGUGGUCACCAACUUGGCCGCCUCCGUGGGUGGUCUCACGUGGUGUCUCCUUGAUUACCGCCUGGAGCGCAAAUGGUCUACCGUUGGCUUCUGCAGUGGUGUAAUUGCUGGUUUGGUUGCCAUCACUCCCGCCAGUGGUUUCGUUCCUGCCUGGUCUGCUGUCAUCUUUGGGAUUGUCGGGGCCAUCGCCUGCAACUACGGCACCAAGCUCAAGUUCCUCCUCCGCAUUGACGACUCGCUCGACAUUUUCGCCAUCCACGGCAUUGGAGGCCUGGUUGGAGACCUUCUGACCGGCCUCUUUGCCGCAGACUACAUAGCUCACCUCGAUGGCUUCAGCGAGAUUGACGGUGGCUGGCUGAAUCACCACUACAUCCAGCUCGCCUACCAGCUGUGUGACGGUGUCACCGGCAUGGCCUACUCUUUUGUCCUCAGCUGUGUCAUCCUCUUCGUCAUCAACUUCAUCCCUGGUCUCCACCUCCGCGCCUCGGAGCAAGAGGAAAUCAUGGGCAUGGACGAAACCGAGAUUGGCGAAUUCGCCUACGACUAUGUGGAGCUGAGCAGGGACGUGGUCAACGGCGUCGACGACUCUACUUCGACCCCUCUCCGAUCGUCUCCCAUCCACGAUAUCAACGAGGAGAAGCCCGUGAAUCCGGAGCCUGUGGCUCCCGCCGCUUCGGCCGCUUGA